CAAUGGUUGGUGGUAAUAGUGGUGGUGGGGUGGUAGUGACGGUCAUGGCAGUAGUGGUGACGGUGGCAGGUAAUGACGGUAGUGCUGGUGACGGUAGCAGUUGGUGGCUGGUGUUAGCGGCGAUAGUGUUGGCGGGUGGUAGUGGUAGUGAUUUUAGAUGGUGGUGA